AGAACACGUGGACCUCGCUGUCUAGCUGGAGGAUGGGAGCCUGGAACCCAUAAAUAGCAGAAGCCAGCGUAUUGAAACAAAAGAGACACAGAGAGAGAGGGGCAGAGCGGAGCGGGAGGUUGGAGGAGAGCUGAAGACGUGCGCAUGGCAGGAGGAGAGCAUGGAGCUGGAGCUAAUGGCCUGCAAGACCAGGACCUCACCGGAGCUUUGGAGGAAGGAAGAGGAGGAGUGAAUCAACCAGCAGGGUGCGAGAAUUCAGGGGAGCAAGCUCUGAGCAGCACCAGCAAUCAGCCCAUGCUCUCCGUCCAGUUCGUGCAGAAGAUCCUGGCCGAGAUCUUCGGCACCUACUUCCUCAUCUUCGCCGGCUGCGCGGCGGUGGCCGUGAACAAGAGGACGGCCGGCACGGUGACGUUCCCGGGCAUCUGCAUCACCUGGGGCCUGGCCGUCAUGGUCAUGGUCUACUCGGUCGGCCACAUAUCCGGGGCCCACUUCAACCCCGCCGUCACGUUCGCCUUCGCCACCUGCGGCCGGUUCCCGUGGAGGCAGGUUCCGGCCUACGCGGCGGCCCAGGUGCUUGGGUCGACGGCGGCGAGCAUCACGCUGCGGCUGCUGUUCGGGGGCGAGCCGGAGCACUUCUUCGGGACGGUGCCGUCCGGGUCGGACGUCCAGUCGCUGGUGCUCGAGUUCAUCAUCACCUUCUACCUCAUGUUCGUCGUCUCCGGAGUCGCCACCGACAACAGAGCCAUUGGUGAGCUUGCCGGUCUGGCCGUUGGAGCUACCGUGCUACUAAACGUGCUCUUUGCCGGGCCUAUAUCAGGAGCAUCCAUGAACCCUGCUAGAACCAUCGGUCCAGCGAUGGUCCUCGGCCGCUACACCGGCAUUUGGGUCUACAUCAUCGGGCCUGUUAGCGGCGCCGUUUCAGGCGCGUGGGCUUACAACCUCAUACGGUUUACCAAUAAGCCACUGCGAGAGAUCACCAGGACUGGGUCCUUCUUGCGAAGUGCAAGGAUGAGCUAGUUGUUUUCACAUUGUUAUUGCUUGUAGGUAGUGAGUGUUGAUGCUUUCACAGUGUUGUUGCUUGUUGGUAGUGAGUGUUGAUGAAAUGUUCUUGUAAUUCUCCGACCGCACUGUAAAUUGAUGAAACGUUGAUGCUUACACUGUGACGAUUUUCUCUCUAAGAAAGAAAUGGGCACGCCAUGUUGACUGUAA